AAUCAGCCAAUGACGGGCUACAUCUUUUUCGCAUCGAUGCUAUCACGGGAUCACGUGCUCAAACGCGUUAUCUUUCUAUCCAGACAUCGAACAUGGCUUACAUGCAUAACAUUUAAGCCCGCUUCCUCCGGGCAUUGUUGUUAACAAUCAUUCUUUGAGGUUGAAAUCUGACGUAUUUACUUGUUCGUUUUCAUGUUCUCUUAAUUUCUUGUUUGUCUUGUUUGAUGAUCUUUUUUUUGUUAACCUAGCAAAAUGAAGCUUUGAUUCAGUGCCACCACCCACAUUCUCCUGCCAAGCUUCUCACUUAGCUGGCAAAUUUGGUUCUUACAUUCUUCAAACUUCACUCUUUAUACGAAUCGAAAACAUGAGCCCCUUAAAGAAACUCAUUCUUCUGGUCCUGUUUAUCUCUUUUAUGGUGUUUGUAGCCUUUUUUGGCCGAAUACCUGCUCUGAGACGAACGCCCAUAGCUGCACUGCAUAGGUUAAUAUGGAUUCAUAUACCAAAUGUGAUCGGUAGGGUGGAUCAGGUGCUCACGGGAGGGAGAGUAUCGAGUUAUCUGUCUCGGUUCAGCAACAUGAUGCUACAUGAGCGACACUGGACUGUUGUGAUUUUCUUCAUGCUCAUUAUGGUUGUGGGCGAGUACAUGUUUAUUCCUCAAGCGUGGCCAAAGAUUGGAUCUUUCACCAGACUCAUUGUGGUGAUUACCGUGUUUUUGCCCUACCUAUUUCUCUACCUGGCAUGCUCUGCUGAUCCAGGCUACAUUACGCCUGAAAAUCACGCCUAUUACAUGUCGCUCUAUCCCUACGACCACACACUUUUCCACCCGGGGCAUAUGUGUCGUACGUGCAAGUUCCUUAAGCCUGCUCGUUCCAAGCACUGCGGUCUAUGCAAACGUUGCGUUGCCAAAGCCGAUCAUCAUUGCGUCUUCAUAAACUCAUGUGUUGGUUACGGAAACCAGCACUGGUUCAUACUGUUACUAAUCUCUACUGCAUUUCUGUGCACAUAUGGUGGCUUUCUUGGAUUGUCCAUUAUUACGGUACGGGUUCAGAGAUACACUCCUGGCUGGUCUGUAUGGAAACCCCGAGGUAUGACAGUCAGUCAGUAUUUGGCUGGUUGGGGUUGGGGCAUUCAAGACAACGUCAACAUGGGGGCCUCGUCACUCCUUGCAGCUCUGACGUCUCCAUUGGUUUGGGGGCUGCUUCUAUACACACUGUAUCUCGUUUAUUGUGGCACUACGACAAACGAGACCCUCAAAUGGUCGGAUUGGAAAGAAGAUAUGCGUGAUGGUUUUGCAUUUCGUCGCUCUAUGCCAGCAAAUCGUCAGAAGAACGAGCGGGUUGAGCCUCGCUUCACGCGCUGGCCAGUUGAGGUUCAGCAGGUCAUUGUCACUACUCAGGAUGGACAGCCCCCAAAGGAUGAACUACGAUAUCCUGGAGAAGGCGACUGGGAGAGGGUUUGGAACUUGAGCGAUGUCGAGAACUUAUACGAUAUGGGACUUGAGUUGGUACUAGUCAGUGAACCGCACGCAGAAGGUGAUCUGCAGGCUGACUGCAGGAGUACAACCCCUGUCCACGGAUAUCCAGGGCUGAGCACAUGGAUGCCCGCCUCAAUGAUUAAUGACCAUUAUACCGUGAUGGCGUUGAUGCAGCCACUUCAGGUUCGACGCCUGCAAAUGCUUGGCACUCUUUCUCUACUUGCGAUUGUUAUCGGCGGCUCAGUCCUUAUUUUUGUUGGAGUCAAUGCGCUCUCCGGCCGCAAAGGACAAGAGGAGCUUGGGAGGGCACGGCCACCAGGUCAGGCUCGUUUCAGUGUUGGUCAUGAAUGGAGCAUCCAGACCUGGAUAGCCAUUGUUGGUGUUGCCUUUGCUCUGCUAUCUUAUGGCUUUACAGAAGCAUAUGUUCAUAUAUUCGAUACAUGGGCUAGUCGACAAGCUCGACGCAGCAAUGGCCUCGACUAUGCCCGGUAUCUCAACUCUCAACCGCGAGCACCAGUCGUCUAUGGCUUCAGAGGAUUUCCCUCCUUUAUCACUUUGCGGUACUUACUCGUAAUCAUGAGCAUCAUUGCGUCUGUGGGUUACAAGUUCGCUAUUGUGAGCCCCGACGCCUGGAUUAGGGAGAACUUUCAUCCAAGAUUAAUCGAGUUCAUCAAGAGUGAGCUUUCGGCAGUGAAGAACGGCUCUCUUGUCUCAGAACCUGAACCUUGGAUCAAUGACUUUCCGCUUUACGAUAUUAACCGGGCGUUUAUCCACUUCAACCAGGACACUCAAGAGUCCCCCUAUGUUGCGAACAUGUCCCUGCCACCUAAUGGUUUAGCUAUGGUUGGCCAUGCCAAUUGCUUUUCAACCAGCAGAGCUGAUCAAUUCUACCCUGGUGACGUCGGGACGCUUUAUACUCGAGAAGUGGUUUUAGUGGCCAACGGUUCAGUUGGCAAGGGUGAAUUCUAUAUGACAGAGGAUCCCGGCGACUGGCAUCGAAUGGAGACAACCAGCACCAACUGGUUUGAUCCGCCUCGAAGGGCUCUGGUUGAGUAUCGACUCGUCGAGUUCGGAAGCCUUCAAAUCCAGUGGGCGAAGAAACCAAAGGAUUCUUCAGAAUCAUGGAGAAUACCGGUAGAGCACCGUUCCUUAUACAAGAUGGAGCUCGCAACCGCCGAAGUCAGGAGAUACGUCAGAGACCAGAACUGCAGAUUUCUGCCGCAGGGGGCUCUUUCGUUCCUGUCUCUUAGCAAUGACACUUUUGAAAAGUCCAUCGCUGCUGUGAUGCCAUCCUGGGGCAACAUAACGGUCACAGAGCGCUUCAACGUCUCGGAACUGAUGCCACAGUAUGGCGUCUGGCUGGAUGCUUUGGUAAAGAGCCCAGAUACCACGCUUCUCAGCGGUGUUAGUGCAAUUAUCAGAGCAGUCAUGGUAUCUAUCAAGACAACGAAGCUGCUGGACUCUGAGAACCUGAAGGCUGAUUUCCUGCCUUUUGGGGAAGAAAGAGUUUUGGCUUCUGGCGAAUCAUUUCAUAAUGCUAAGUAUCCUUUCUACGUUGGGUGGAGAGAGAAUAAGAACACUGGGUGUCAUAUCAGUGCUGCCAUCGUGUUCAUUAUCCUCGGCUGUUUUUCCAUUAUGGUUGGAAUAUACCGUAUAUGGCUUGGUCCGCCAGCUUUGACUUCCUGGAUGGGACAGCAUGUCUUUCUGGCUGGAACCGAGGCAAUAGCUCUGUCUAAUAAAGCAAUUGGCUUGGCGUCUGGAUACACAGUGGCAGAGUCUGAUCUGGGCAAGCUUCGGCUUUCGAUGCGAAAGGGAGGGGAAGAAGAUGCCAUGUUGAAACCCACUAUAUCAUCUGAUGGACAGCAGAGUGACUCGGAGGAAGCAAAAAUAAAAGGACGGACGGGACGAUGA